CGCUGCCGGCAUGGGAUGGCCUUGGCUGGGUUUUCGUGCCUCCCUCGUGAGCCUGCGCUCAGCCAUGAGGCUAUUUUUAAGCCAGAACAAACAGAAAUGAGGGGAACUGGCUGUUAUCAGGCUGAGAAGACGGAGGUUUUGAGUGAAGAUCUCCUGCAGGUGGAGAAGCGCCUGGAGCUGGUGAAGCAGGUCUCCCACAGCACCCACAAGAAGCUGACGGCAUGUCUGCAGGGCCAGCAAGGCGUGGACGCCGACAAGCGCUCGAAGAAGCUGCCGCUGACGACGCUGGCCCAGUGCUUGAUGGAGGGAUCGGCUGUGCUGGGCGACGACUCCCUGCUGGGAAAGAUGCUGCGGCUGUGCGGGGAGGCGGAGGACAAGCUGGCUCAGGAGCUCAUCCACUUCGAGCUGCAGGUGGAGAGGGAUGUCAUCGAGCCCCUCUUCGUGCUGGCUGAGGUUGAAAUCCCAAAUAUCCAAAAGCAGAGGAAGCACUUGGCGAAGCUCGUGCUGGACAUGGACUCCUCCAGGACACGGUGGCAGCAGUCUGCAAAGUCCUCGGGUUUGGCCAGCAACCUGCAGCCCUCGGGCGCCAAAGCCGAUGCUCUCAGGGAGGAGAUGGAGGAGGCGGCCAACAGAGUGGAGAUUUGCAGGGACCAGCUCUCGGCUGACAUGUACAAUUUUGUGGCCAAAGAAGUAGACUAUGCAAACUAUUUUCAAACCCUGAUCGAGGUGCAGGCAGAGUACCAUCGGAAAUCCUUAGCGCUUUUGCAGAAUGUCCUGCCUCAAAUUAAAGCCCAGCAGGAGGCGUGGAUGGAGAAGCCCUCCUUCGGGAAGCCCUUGGAGGAGCACCUGGCCGUCAGCGGGCGGGAGAUCGCCUUCCCCGUGGAGGCGUGCGUGACGAUGCUGCUGGAGUGCGGCAUGCAGGAGGAGGGUCUCUUCCGAGUGGCUCCCUCAGCCUCCAAGCUGAAGAAGCUCAAGGCCGCCCUGGACUGCUGCGUGGUGGACGUGCAGGAGUACUCGGCUGACCCACACGCCAUCGCAGGAGCCCUCAAGUCCUACCUGCGAGAGCUGCCGGAGCCUUUGAUGACGUUCGAGCUGUACGAGGAGUGGAUCCAGGCCUCCAACAUCCCAGAGCAGGAGAAGCGGCUGCAGGCUCUCUGGAGCGCCUGUGAGAAGCUGCCCAAAGCCAACUACAACAACAUCAGGUACCUGAUUAAAUUCUUGGCCAAGCUGACCGAGUACCAGGACACGAAUAAAAUGACACCGAGCAAUGUGGCCAUCGUGCUGGGGCCUAACCUCCUCUGGCCACAGGCGGAUGGGAACAUGACAGAGAUGAUGACGACUGUCUCGCUGCAGAUCGUGGGCAUCAUCGAGCCGCUCAUCCAGCACGCCGACUGGUUCUUCCCUGGAGACAUCGAGUUCAACGUGACAGGCAACUACGGCAGCCCCAUGCACGUCAACCACAAUGCCAACUACAGCUCCAUGCCCUCCCCGGACAUGGACCACGCCGACCGCCGGCAGCACGACCAGGCCCGGCGGCCCCUCAGCGUGGCCACGGACAACAUGAUGCUGGAGUUCUACAAGAAGGAUGGCCUUAGGAAAAUCCAAAGCAUGGGCGUCAGGGUGAUGGACACCUCGUGGGUGGCUCGCCGAGGCACCUCAGGGGCGCGCAAGGCAUCCUCCACCCCUCCGGCC